AUGAAGGUCGCUUCUGUUCUUGGGCUCGCCGGACUGGUGGCCCUGUCGCAGGGCGCCAGAAUUGCCAGAGACUACGACAAGAAUGACUACUAUGUCCUGCAUCUCGACCGGUCCGUACAGCCUGGCGACGUCGCCAUGCGUCUAGGCUUGACGCACGAAGGCCAACUUGGAGAGCUCACCGACCACCACGUUUUCCGCGCUGAGAAGCAUGAGCGAGAUGUUGUCAGAGAGGAGGUUCGAGAGCGCAAGAGGAGGAAGCGAGAUAUUGGCGGAUACGAUGUCCUGGACGGGGUCCUCUUGACCACCAAGCAGAAGGCUCGCAGCCGUCUACAAAAGAGAAUCAUUCCGCCACGUCCACCCAUAGAUAUGGUUCAACGCUCCCCUCAAAAGCCAGACGAUUCGGCGGUCCGUACGCAGGAGAAUGUCAUGAGGGACUUGAGCAUUGCCGACCCGAUAUUCAAGGAGCAAUGGCAUCUGUUCAACACGGUGCAACUUGGCCAUGACGUUAAUGUUACCGGACUCUGGCUUGAGGGCAUCACCGGCAAGAAUGCGACUGUUGCCAUGGUCGACGACGGACUUGACAUGUACAGCCGAGACUUGAAAGACAACUACUUUGCCGAAGGUUCUUGGGAUUUCAAUGACAACGACCCGGAGCCGAAACCAGAGCUGUCAGACGAUAGGCACGGAACGAGAUGCGCUGGCGAGAUUUCUGCAGUGCGCAACGAUGCGUGCGGCGUUGGUGUUGCAUACGACUCCAAAAUUGCCGGUAUUCGGAUUCUCAGCAGCCCUAUCAGCGAUGCGGAUGAAGCCGAAGCCAUGAUUUACAAGUAUCAGCAGAAUCAAAUCUACUCCUGUUCCUGGGGACCUCCAGACGAUGGAAGAUCCAUGGAAGCCCCUGACGUCUUGAUACGACGAGCCAUGCUCAAGGGCAUCCAGGAGGGUCGCGGAGGCCUUGGUUCCAUCUACGUCUUUGCCAGUGGUAACGGUGCGGCUAGCGGCGACAACUGCAAUUUCGAUGGAUAUACCAACUCCAUCUAUAGCAUAUCCGUCGGCGCAGUCGAUCGUGCUGGCCAACACCCCUACUAUUCGGAACACUGCUCUGCCCUGCUUGUUGUUACCUAUAGCAGUGGUGGUGGCGAUGGCAUACACACAACUGAUGUUGGAGAAAAUGCCUGUUACGGCAUGCAUGGUGGUACGUCAGCCGCGGCACCCCUCGCAGCGGGUAUUUUUGCCUUGGUCUUGCAAGUUCGCCCGGAUCUGACAUGGCGGGAUAUCCAAUACCUUGCUAUGGAUACCGCCGUCAAACUGGUCGACGAUACAGAAGCUGAGUGGCAGACUACUGCUGUCGGGAGACAGUUUAGCCACACGUUUGGCUAUGGCAAGAUCGACUCUUACGCUCUCGUUGAGAAGGCCAAGACGUGGAAGAAGUUGAAGCCCCAAGCCUGGUACUUUUCUCCCUGGCUGCACAUCAAAAAGGACAUCCCCGAAGGCAACGACGGAUUGGUUGUGAGCUUUGAUGUGACCCCUGAGAUGCUCAAAGAGGCCAACUUGGCUCACGUGGAGCACGUCACCGUUACCAUGAAUGUGGCACACACUCGACGUGGUGAUUUGAGUGUGGAUCUGAUCAGCCCUGAGAACGUCAUCAGCCAUAUUUCUGUCACUCGUAAGGGGGAUAAUUUUAAAGGCGGAUACGAUGACUGGACGUUUAUGAGUGUUGCCCACUGGGGCGAGACUGGCGUUGGCAGAUGGACACUUGUUGUCCGAGACACAGAGGUGAACCACGAGAAGGGCAGAUUCAUUGACUGGCACCUCAAGCUCUGGGGCGAGAGCAUUGAUGCUAGCCAGGCCAAGAUUUUGCCCAUGCCAUCAGAGAAUGACGAUGCCGAUCACGACCAGAGCCUGUCUACUAUAUCCGGUGCAGCCUCAACCAAGACGAUUGCGGCAGCAAGCUCAACUAAGACGGCGACUAUCACAGGCAACCCUACCGACCACCCUGUCCGACCCACGAAGCCUGGAGCCAAACCCACGGAGUCAACAAAGCCUCAAGAGGGCCCUGUGGAUGAAAAGCCAUCCGAUACCGAGCACGAAGUCGCAUCCGGCACUUCAUCAGCUCAACCAUCUGGCACGACCAGUGCGUCCUCAUCGUGGGUUUCCUGGCUUCCAACCUUUGGAACCAAGGCCAAGAUCUGGAUCUAUGGCGCCAUUGGCUUGAUUGCCGCCUUCUGCUGCGGUCUCGGCAUCUACCUCUGGAUCGCCCGCCGCCGCCUUCGCAACAACUCCCGCAACAACUACGAGUUUGAGCUCCUCGACGAGGAGGAGACUGAAGGUCUGAAUAGCGCGGAAAAGGGACCCAAUGCGGGCAAGAAGACCCGACGAACUCGCGGCGGAGAGCUCUACGAUGCCUUUGCGGGCGGCAGCGACGACGACGAUGAGUUUGACGAGUACAGGGAUCGAUCGGCUGACCGGCUGGCGGGCCAUAACCCCGAUGAGCCGGAGCACUAUGCCGUUGGCGAGGAUAGCGACGAUGAUGACAAUCUUACGGAAAAGCAAGGAUUACGGCAGUGA